AUUCACAUUUCAGUAGCAGUGAUCUUUUGUUCCUGUUAGCUGAGGUUGCUGGGCAACAGGAAGGAAACCUGAGAGCUGAGCACUGUGGGUGAAUGAAAGCGAGGCUUGGUUUCCAGGAAGGAGCACACAGAGGAACAUCGUGCAGAGAUCCAGCACCAUAGCAAAGAGCAGUGUGACAGUGAAUGCAGUAAUAACCUACUAUGGCGGGAAAAGUUGAGAAGUUCCAAAGUCCCGGAAAGGGUAAUGGACUACGGGCAGCCAGAGAUCUUGAUGUGGGUGAGACCGUGGCAAAUGCCGAGCCCUUUGUGUACACUGUGUGCCGAGAGAAGAACAGAGGAACAACGUGUCACCACUGCCUGCACAGGAAUGAAAAAGUUCAAAGAUGCUCCCAAUGCAAGUUUGCCCAGUACUGCAAUUUGCUUUGCCAGAAAAAUGCUUGGAAGGACCAUAAAAAGGAAUGCCUUUGUCUAAAGAGCAUUUUCCCUAAUGUUCCUACAGACUCUGUCAGACUUAUAGGCAAGAUCAUCUUCAAAUUGCUUGAACAACCAGAUUGUGGUUCCGGAGAUUUGUAUUCAAUAAAUGAUCUACAAUCUCAUUUCAAAGAACUUAACAAAGAAAUUAAAGAAGGCCUGGGGCACCUUGCUGCUACAUUAGAACAGUACCUGAAAAGGGAAAUCCAAGUCUCUACCCAGCUGCCACCUGGUUUUCACAUUCUUGAAUAUUUCAGCAAAGUGACUUGUAACAGCUUCACCAUCAGUGAUGGGGAGAUGCAGGACGUUGGUGUUGGCCUCUAUCCCAGCAUGUCCCUUUUAAACCACAGUUGUGAUCCAAACUGCGUGAUAGUGUUUGAAGGAACGUGCCUGCAACUCCGUUCAGUAAAGAAAAUACUAAAGGGUGAAGAGCUGACCAUUAGUUACAUUGAUGUGAAGAUGUCCACACAUUUACGCCAGGUCCAAUUGCAGCGCCAGUAUUGUUUCACCUGUGACUGCCACUGCUGUCUAUCAAAAGAUAAGGAUGAAGACAUGCUAGCAGGGGAUUCCGAGUCUUCUAAAGAGAUGGAGCAUUCAGUCACAGCACUGGAGCAAUUAUGUUCCCAGGACAAAAGAGAAGAAGCCUCGGAUCUGGCUAGGAAGCAGCUCAAUAACAGUGGACUGCCAGACAAGAAUAUUCAUCAGCUGAAGGUUCUUGACUUAGCCAUGGAUUCAUGCAUCAAUCUUGGCAUGUGGGAGGAGGCCUUAAAGUAUGGUUUCCGAACGUUGAAGCCUUACAGCAUAUACUAUUCUAAUUAUCAUCCAGUACGGGCAGUCCAAAUAAUGAGAGUGGGCAAAUUACAGCUUCAUCAAGAAUUGUUUCCCCAAGCCAUGGAAACAUUGAAGCAGGCCUUUGAAAUUAUGAAGGUUACACAUGGACAAGGCCAUUCUCUGACUCGGGAUUUAACACAACUGCUCCAGGAUUGUGAGAUUGGUUUGAGACAAACAUAAGUCAACUUAACUACAAUCAGCAUCUACUAUUGUCUUCAACAGUCACAAGGGUUGUGUUGAUCUUCCACUGUUUGUUACGUUUUUAUAAAAGAAAAAUAUGUAAUAAAAUCACUGCAUUUGUAAAACUUUUCGAA